AUGCCCGACUCCUUCGCCGUUCACUUCCUGAAGGUGCUGAAGGAGCUGCUGGCCUUUGUGCUGUUCAGUUACACCGUGCUGGUCGGGGCGCUGCUGCUCGCCGGCUGGACGACAUACUUCUUGGCCCGCGAUGGCGUGUCCCGAGGCAAGUGCCGCUACCUGAAGGGCAGAGCAGCUGCUGGGGCAGCCCGGGGCGGCGGGAGCAGGCGGGAGCAGUGCAUUUCCCAACAAAGCUUCCCUGUUCUGGCCAAUAUUAGGAGACGCUGCCUCUCGGGCGUGAACGGACGAUGGCACCAAAUGGUGGGCGUGGGGCUGGGAGUGGCCUUGUGUGCAGUCCCAGUCGUGGAGAAACAGAACUCGGUUUCUCUCAGUAACGAUGCCUUGAUUAAAAGAGCAGUUUCCUUGGUAACAGACAGCACUUCUACACUCCUCUCUCAAACAACAUACGCAUUGAUUGAAGCAUUGACAGAGUAUACAAAGGCUGUUUACACACUGGUGUCUCUCUACAAGCAAUAUGCAAGUCUUCUUGGGAAAAUGAACUCAGAAGAGGUGGAUGCGGUCUGGCAGGUGGUAAUAGGAGCCAGAGUUGAUGUAAGCAAUCGUCUCCCUUCAAUGUUUUUAUACCUAAGGCUGGAAUCCAGCUGGAUGACAGCGUUACGUCUUUCAGAGAUGGCAGCAGAAGCUGCGUAUCAGUCAGGUGCAGACCAAGCCUCAGUGACAGCCCGCAGCCACAUUCAGCUAGUGAAGUCACAGGUGCAAGAAGUGCGACAGCUGUCCCAGAAAGCAGAGACCAAGUUAGCUGAAGCUCAAACAGAAGAGCUCAUAAAAGCUCAAGGAGAGGAAUCUGCAUUGCCACAGGGUAUUUUAGGAAGUACAGAGGCAGGUGAGGACCCUUACCUUCGGGAGGACUGAAAAGAACUUUAGUGUCACCGUAGAAUAUGUGAGAGUCAGUUGCAAAUUGAAGGGUCCGAAACUUUUAAGUGUGGGAUAGUGGGAAACUGCUGAAAUAAGCCUAUGAUUCCAUUUUUUCCCCCAGGCAGGAUUGCUUUACAAAUCAAGUCAAUUCCAAGUAUCUGAAAGGCCUUGAUCUUGUUUGUAACUCACCAUGUUUGUAAUACUUACGGAUUCAAUUAUUUAAAUGUUUAACUAUGCAAAUGUGAAAAUUGCUAUCAAGGAUAGCUUGUUGUCUCUCUCUCUGCUGGGAGAGUCCUACCCCUCAUUUGAUAUGUUUGUGAGAGCAGUCUUAAUUUAGAGGCUAACUAGGUAUCAGCCAAAGAAGUGUAUUUAAAAGUCAUUAUUUUUAACCUGUGAAGUAAAUGAUGUCUAUUAGGAGAUACCUUAAUUAAACGGUGCAAAAGCAUGUCAUUGCGAGUGUGCCCAUUUGUGUAAGAGAUUAAGCAUUGUUUUCUCUUUGAACUUAGAAGUUUGUAACAGAGCCGAGUCUGGCAGCUGCAUCAAAUUACACUUAAUUGCAAUCAGGGGAAACAUUUGCUGUAGAGCUGAAAACUUUCUGUGGAGUUACCCAGGCUCUUCUUAGUGAAGUUUUGCAGUUCAGUGCAGUAGCCUCUUUCACCCAAGAGUCACCGCUUGUAAUGCAUCUGCCCUCCCCAGGAAGCAAAGUCUUCCAUUUUCAAGAUGCUGUGGUUAUAAACAAAGUCAUUGUG